AAUUUCGUUUAACAAUUCCAUUAUGACUCUCUCAAAACAACUUUUGCCUUUAUUUUCCCUCUUCGUGUUCCUUUUCCCUCUCCGACACGCCUCAAACCCUCAAAAAUGUCCUUCAUCCUAUACGGAAUCAUAUUUCAAUAACUGUGGACGAUUUGGAGUCUCCAUUCGUUUUCCUUUCUGCGGCCAUCCAGGAUUCAAUCUCCACUGCAACAACCUCAAUAAGACAGUCCUAGAGCUUCCUAUGUCCGGAACAUUUCUUGUUGAUAGAAUCGACUACUCAAAGCAGCAAAUUUCUAUCAGUGACCCUGAAGACUGUAUGGUCAAAAGGCUUUUAACCUUCAAUACUUCAGGAUCUCUUUUCUCUAAUGGCUUAAGUACUGUCUAUUACACGUUCUUGACCUGUCCGAAUGAGGUCGGGACGCCGUCUUGGUACCAGCGCAUCCGUUGCCUAAGCAAUUCUACCUCUUCCUUCUUUGCCACGUCUAAUAUGUCACUCGCAAAUUCAAUGCUGCCUUCUUGCCAGAUCGUGAAGAGACUAGCUGUUCCGGUAAGCGUGUAUUUAGAAGAUGUGCUAAAUGAAGAGAAAGGAUUCUCUGUUGGGAUCAACUAUGUUAAACUUUUGCUGGAAUGGAGCUCGCCUGAUUGCAGGGGUUGUGAAAAGAAGUCCUUGAGAUGUGGUAUCAAGAACAAGGCCUCCCUCGAAGUCAAAUGCUUCGCUGAUCCAUCCGGUCAUUUAAGCACGAGAUUACGAGUACUAAUUAUAACCCUCUGCGCAAUCGGAGGUUUCACCGUCUUCGCUACUUGUUUUGCUGUCCGCAUAUACAAUUCCGAGAGGUUUGUCAAUCAGAGAAGACAAAAUGCAGCUAUCGCAGCCAGAACCAUAACGCAACAACCACGAGGGGUUGUGGAGAUUACAGGUCUUGAUCGAUCUACAAUAGAGUCAUACAAGAAAGUGGAGUUGGGGGAAAGUAGAAGGCUACCGGGUACUAAUGGUAUCAUCUGCCCCAUUUGUUUAUCGGAAUAUGCUAGCAAAGAGACUGUACGGUGCAUACCAGAAUGUGAUCACUGUUUCCACGUCGAAUGUAUCGAUGAGUGGCUCAAGAUUCAUGGUUCAUGUCCUGUUUGUCGGAACUCACGCUCGUAAUGGAAGUUGUUGUUGUCAAUAUACUGUAUCAACAUUA